AUGGAUGAUGGCGGAGAUGCCCCCGCUAUCAAAUUGGAUGCAAAGUCUGAAGAUGUGAAGGAAGUAGUGGAAGCAGACGAGAAGGAAAUCGUGGAUUCUGCUGCUUCAAAGUCUACCUCUGCAGCACAAAUUGUGGAAAUGGCUGAAAUCCCGAGCGAAGUAGACCAAAUCCUCAGAAAGAAGCAAGAUGGCCCUGACAUGUUAAUAACACCCGGUGACACUACAUCUUCUCAACCAGUGAAGAAAAGCAAAAAGAUCAUGGCUGACAUGUCGAAAUUUGCCAAGGAAAUAGCCGGUGGAGACCACAAAAAAGCCAUUUCUGACAGGCCUGUAAGUAUGAUAACCCUCGUAGGAGAGAACAGAGGAGCAUCAAUGCACAUGGAGUCCGAUCAUUCAAAAAGAGAGAGGCCGGUUCACAUUCACCGGAGCUACAAGAGCAACCCUGAUCAAAGUCCUGAAGCUACCACCGAUGGAGAGGAAAGCUCCCAAAGGAAAAAGUCAGAAAAUGAGAGAUGCAUGGAAGAUCAACCGUCGGAGGAAUAUGUAAACAACAAUGCACAAGGGAUCAACAACUCCAUCGUUGAAGGAAGUCCAGGAGUUCACAUGGUUGUCAGCCAUCAGCCAAUCCAGUCAAAAGAAGAAACAAGUCUGCCUGAGGCACGAAAGGCUGAAGUUAGCACCAGUCGUGCAGAGAAACUCACCUAUCAGCCAACAAUAAGAAGAAGAUGCCUGCGAGGUCUUCUCAUGGAAAUGAGCGACUCUGAGCAAGAAAAGCCCCGGCGCCAUGGUUGUCGUGUCUCAUGCCAGAAAGGGAAUAGAGAGAACAGCAUAGAUGUUCUCUAA